UAUUAUUAUUAUUAUUAUUAUACUACUACGACGACUACGACUACGACUUCGGCACUUCUCACUGAUCGCGUAUGGACCCACGUCGUGUUCCGAUAACUGAAACUUACUUACAGGAAAACCGAACGUACUCGCUGCCACUGAAACGGGAGUCUCCGUUUCCGCGAGUGCCGCUUUUCUAACGCGUCUACAACCAAACGCCAAGUUUCCCUGUGCACGAACCCUGCCCAAGCUGUGGUAAUGACGUUCGCCCGUUCGAUCACGUAAAUCCAACUAGUUUGGCACUCAGACAAACUGACGUCACGGUUCGCGUACACGACACAACAAGAGUUCACCCGCCAUCGUCGCGCCAUAACCCAGGCCCCCAACCAUCCAUUACCUACAUACAAGCUGGUGGUGGUCGGUGACGGCGGUGUGGGUAAAAGCGCGAUCACUAUUCAAUUUUUUCAAAAAAUGUUUGUAGCCGAUUACGAUCCGACCAUUGAGGACAGUUAUAUCCAGCACACUUGUGUCGAUGAUGAAUUCUGCAUACUCGAUGUGUUGGAUACAGCUGGCCAAGAAGAAUUCAGCGCAAUGCGUGAGCAAUACAUGAGAAAAGGAGACGGUUUCAUGAUAGUUUAUUCCGUAACUGACCCAAAUAGUUUUAAAAACGUUCCUAAUUUUUUUACUCAGAUUCUUCGGGUCAAAGAUAGAGAUGAAUAUCCAAUUUUGUUGGUCGCCAAUAAGGUGGACCUUGUGCAUUUGCGCAAGAUCAGCGAGAGUGAAGGACGCGCAAUGGCCAACCGAUUGAAUUUACCAUACAUGGAAACAAGUGCCAAAGAUCCACCGCAAAAUAUUGAUGGUGCUUUCCAUGAGGUGGUGCGCAUCAUACGAAAUCAUCCAAAAGAAUUGUCCGAGGACCGUCGCCGAAGACGACCCAAAUGUCAAAUAAUGUAAAUCUCUUCGUGUCAACAGCAUAUUUGUAUAAUUGCUUGGAGAAAACAUCAAAUUUUGCUUAAUUAAGUAUACAUUGUGUUUCAAAUUUAAUGUGACUGAAAAUCCCUCUAUAAAAUAUUAAAA